ACAUUUGAAAUUCCAAUGGAUCCAGUCUUUCAACGGACUAGAAGGUCUGUACACAAGUACAAACUUGACCGUAUUCAUCAAACACAGCAGGGUUUGGAGAGGCCUAUUUCUGAUCAGCUGGAUAAUCAUCAGCCAGAAGCCGACAACAGUGAAAUGCAAUCAGAUGACAAAGAGGUACUUUUUAGUCAGCGAAAAAAAGGACAAGAUGCUUCUUGUGCAGUGGAUACCCUUGAAAAGAGGUUCUUCAAAUUGCAGCAGCGUUUAUUGCAAAAUACAAAUGGGCAUGAUAAUCAAGAUUGUGAUGUGCAGACAAUGGAAUCACUGCAAAGGAUUUUAGCCGGAGCAGAUCUGCUAAGAAAAGAGGAGGCUGCAAUGAGUAUCCUUGGGCCAAAAUAUGAUUUCCAGACAGACCAUAACUCUAAGUCCUUCCACCUGCCCUUCAGCUACUUGAUUAGGUCUAAUUCGACAAGAGUUGCUAAAUGUUCCUCAAACUCUUCCAAAGUCAGUUUAAAAGAUGUAUCAAAAGGUCGGGAAAGAAGCAGAGUUGAUAAGGGCAAACAUCUUGACUUCUUUGAAGUUGUGAAGGAACAACUGCAGCAGAAGGACUUAGAAAAUCAACAUCUUGUCCAUUUAUUGUUGGUCAAGCAGCAAGAACUGAAAGAUAUGAAAGAGAUAUCAAAGCAAAAGGAAAAGGAAAUGCAACUUAUUGCUGAAAAGCUGAAAUGUGAGGAACAGAAAAAUACAGAAAUUACCACCAGGUUUGAGCAUACCUGUGAAGAUAUGAGGAAGGAACUCUCUGCAGCCAAAAGCGACAACAAAAACUCAAUCAAGAAGCUUAAAGCACUACUGGAGAAAUAUGAGCGACUCCAAACACGUGGGAACAAAAUAAAGGAUCAACUCAGCGUGGAGCUCAGUGAGAAAAAGAGCUCUCAGAAAAUAGUACAGAAGUUAAAGCAGUUGGCUCAAGAGUUACUAACCAAGCAGAAACAUCUUGAGGAGCAGAGAGAUGCAGCAGCAAGAGAUCUCGCUUUAUGCAAGGAAACACUGCAAAGGAUGGAUGCAGAACACAAGAAGAACCUUGCCAUUAAACAAAGACUUCAGGAGGAGUUAUCAGCAAUGAGAACUGAAUCUACAAACCUCAGAGAUUAUUUAUGUAAAGCUCAGGAGAAAAACAAGGAGCUCAUUCAAUUGGCUCACUCCAAAGAGUCUGACAGAGAGAAGAAUGAAAAGCAAUCGCAGGACAUGAUUGAAAAUUUGAAUGCUGAGUUGGAGAAGUGCCGGACGGAAAAAGACAAAGUGCAUCAACAAUUGGAGGCCAUAAAACAUGAAUCGAAAUCAAUUCACAACAAACAGAAUGUGGAGAUCCUUCAAUUGCAGGAGCAGCAAAAAGCCUCUCUGCAACGCUCCGAUGCUUUAAGAAGAGAGUGCGAGACCUUGAUGGAGAUGGUCAAUAAACUUAAGAAAGACAAGCAAAUCCUCACUGAAAAGCUGGAGAACAUUCAUAAAGAAAAGGUGAAGUCAGAGACGGUGAGCACAAAGGAGGGAGAAAGACUCAAGGAGGCCAUCAGCUUGCUGGAGCGAGAGAGAGAAGUGCUGUUAGCAGAGAUGGAAGACUUGCGCAAGGAUUACCUCGGCCUCAGUGACAGAAUCGCACAGAAAAUGGGCCAUAUGGAUCUGGCUGAUCCUCCUAUGACAAUCAAAGACAUCACUUCAAACUAUCUGAGAGAUGUACAAAAGAACAAGCUCUCACCUACUGAUGAAGUGAUACAGGACAUAAGAAGAAAACUGGAGGAUGAGAACAUGCAGCAAAAAUUAACUUAAAUUGGGUUAAAUUGUAAUAAUCACAAGACAUAAGCUAUUUUGUCUAACUUCUGAUAAUGUAAUUUUGUUACUGGCCACAUUCUUUUACGCAGACAUACAAACUCAUGGAAAAG